AUGAGCCCAGCGGCUAAGCCGAAUCCACCUUCUCCCCUAAGCCUGAACCACACUCUCGCCGGCCUCGGACUCGGUACUUCCCCUUCCAGCUCAUCGGUCCGAUCGACACCAUCGCCGUCUAGCGACAUGACAGGCGCCGCGAGCGAGGAGGAAGAUAGGGCGAGAGCUUUGGUGGAUCUCAGUAUUGCCCUUAUUGAUGCGGCAUCGGAUGUGCUGGAGGGGAACAUACAGACGGAUGAGGAGUUGACCAAGACGAGCGUGCUCAUGCCGGGCGGAACGGUCGGGAAGCACUUCAGGCACGUGAUUGAGAUGUUCCAAGCCUUCAUCAACGCCCUGGCCGAGCAAGAAGGAUCGUCGAGCGGCCUCAUCGAGAUCGACUAUGACGCCCCUUCUCCGAAAUCGCGCAAGGCCAUCGCCCGCUCCUUACCGGCUUGUCGAUCAGCGAUGAAGGGCAUACGUGAUGGGCUGCUCAAAUGGGAGGCCAAGUCCCAGGAGGGCGGGGCAGGAGGCGGGAAGGGGUUGGCGAGUGAGAUGCAGCGGAAAGUCAGGCUGGUGGCGGUCACGCCGACGAAGCAGGUUAUGGAGAGCAGUGUUGGGAGGGAGCUUUGGUUCUGCUCAUUGCACGCUAUACAUCAUUUCUCAAUGUUGAGGACGAUAGCUGUGCAUGAGCUGGGCCUGAGCCUCCCGACCGAGUUCGGCACAGCACCCUCGACACUCUUGUACCGCGCCCAGGAUUGGAAGCCCCCGCCAGAGCGCAAAGAGGUCCGACCGGCCAAGAGCAAGCUAUAA